AUGUUGUCAAUCGAAGUAUCCCUCUUGCUGCUUACCGGAGUAGCUGUUGCGCAGCUACCUAUCGUCACGCAAUUUCCGGUGACAACGCAGACCAGCUUUCCAGCCCCUCCUUGUACCCAAGGGCCGUCUUCUACUGAGCAAUUCACGGUCAACUACAAUGUGGAUGACACUCCAUUCAAAGCUUGCCUAGGGCAUAGUUUUUACAACCCCUGUAUUUACGCUAACCCCUUCCGGCUAUCCAUGUCCAUCUCAGAAGGUGUUGCUACCUUCAAUCUCACUAUCAAGAAUAGGCCAAGCUCACACCUGAGGACAUACAACUUCGAAUCCGUGGAACGGGGCUUCCCACUGACCGGCUUGACUCCGAUCGGGGAGUAUAACCUGCUCAACUUUGCCAACAUCAACUUCGUCGAUACUGACCCUGACUUUGACGGCAAUCACCUUGGCCUUGCACCACACACUUAUCCGUAUGCUGCGACUUUCGGCGCCGGCACAUCAUCGUUGACUGGUCAGACUCCACUCAUCAGCAUAGACUAUAUCGAGUCGACCUUGAGCUCGUUCACACCGCGAUCGUUCUGGUAUGGCUGCGUGCUGCCAAGCCCAUACACCGCGGGCUCUCUACCAGUGUCGUGCAACAUCACUGCAACAGGGUAUUCUCAGGCAGGAGAGCAGCUCGCAUCCCAGACUUUUGCAUUCAUGACCAAUGGCAGCGUGAUCCAAGAUCAGAACUUUGGCACUUUCAAGGGAUUCAACAACAUCUAUAGCUUGGGAUUCAGUGUGUCAAACCCGGUUGCCGCUGCAGCUUUGAUCGAUAACCUCAUCGCGACUCUGGAGCAGCAGAGUGCAGGCCGUACCAUCUUGGUAGUUACAACAAUGGCACGUAGCCGUAAGACGAGACUAGACAUAUUUGUGACCAGAUUCUUAUGGCAAUUGCACAUGCAAAUGAUUGUCCUGCGUCAGCGUAUUGCUCAGCAUUGUAUUGACUGUCGAGAGUGA